UUGUAGUGUAUCCAAUUAGCAAUUUUACAUAAUAAUCUUCGCAAAACAUAUGUUACCCAGCUUAAACUUAUAUUGAAAAUUAAUGAUUUUUAAAACUAUUUUAAAUGAUUUUUACUACUCCAUGAGUUGAAAAGUCAAUGAAAUUUCAAUUCAUUAUUUUAACACUUGGUGGUCAUCGGAGAGAAAUGCUUAAAUUUAACGACACAUAAUACAAACUUGAGUCUCGUUAUACUUUAUCGUGACUCAUAAAAAUAGGAUUCAGCUGUUUUCGCGCAGAUUAGUUUUAUUCGAUAAUGGUUUGUAGUAAACGAAAUAAUGCCUUCAUGAUCAAAUCCAGACAUAUGCUAUCAGUCACUUAUAAAAACUGAAAGUGUUAAGAACGUUAUUUUAAGAGGUAAAAUAAUAGGAAGGAUUUUAAAUUGAAAGGAAAAAACCAUGAAGUUUUUAUACGGAAAAUAUAUAAAAUAUAUUUGUUUAGUUGCAAUAGUUUUGAAGCAAUUGGCAUUAACAACUGUAGUAGGUAUUAAAUGCAUACAAUGUGGAGAUAGUGACGAGGCUUGUAGUACAACUCUUUGGGAAGAUGCUGAAGUCUGUCCCAAUAAAGAAAAAACAAAAUGCUUUACACAAAUUGACACCAGUGGCAACAUUAAAAGAGGCUGCAAAACAGACGAUGAAGCCAAAGCAUGUACGGCCGAUAACAAUUGCAUUAUAACAGGUGAGAGAAAAAAUAAUCAACUUAUUUGCAAAAAAUGUAUAGAAACCGAUGAAAAGUGCUCUCAAAGUGAUAUGAAUUUUAACGAUGUGGAAUACAAUCACAUCUGCGUUGAGGGAGUUAGAAGAUGUAUCAAAAAAGUUGACAACAAACUUGUCACUAGAGAUUGUGCCAGUGAGACUGAUAUAUGUACCGAUUCCAAGACAUGUGAAACAUGUGAUAGCGUUAACUGCAAUACUGGAGUAUUCCCCAAGGAUCGUAUAACUUGUUACCAAUGUACUGGUAGCAGUUGCGAAGAUGUUACAGCAAAUAAUAUAGCAUAUAAACCCUGUGCCAAUUACGUGGAGAAUGAUCAAUGCUAUAUGAAAGCCAAAAACGAAAACGAAAUGAUACGUGGUUGCAAGUCCGAUACUAGAGAUAAUGAAUGUUCUGACGCAGCUGAAGGUUGUGUCUUUUGUUCCGAUAAUAACUGCAAUAAUUUAAAAUAUAUAUAUGAUCAAGUACUCAAGUGUCAUCAGUGCACCAGUGAUGUUCCAACUAAUGAAUGUUUCAAAGAACAAACUAGUGAGGUAUUUGAGAAAUGUAAGAGACAAAUUAAUUACACUCUUCCCGAAUAUUGUUAUACCCAAAUCAAUGGUAAUGUAAUUAAACGUGGUUGUCUUCAUGAUAAUUUGGAUCUAAAUGUUGAUAUAUGCCGAGAUGUUGAUAGUGAUACCUGCAUGAAAUGUAAUGAUGGCGAUGGUUGUAAUAGUAAGCAACAAAUAUUAGAUUAAUAACAAUAGAAAGACAUUUAUAAGCGAUGAUAUUUUCAAAUAUAUUUAUGACGAUAUGUAGUAUUCAUUAAAAAGUAAAUUAUCGCUUAAAUACAA